GAAGCCCACUAUGGCUCCCGUCCCCUGGCGAUGCUGACGGCGGCCUGCGGCGACCUCCACGGCCCCAGCCCGCUCCGGGACUCGGCCCCGCCGCCCAAGCCGGGCCCCAGGAAGGCCUACCCGCCGGGCGGCGAGCUCGGCCCGCCCCGGGCCAUGGGCGACCCCUACCCCGGCCCCUUCGCGGGGGCCAACGGGCUGCUGCCGCCGCCCCCCGGCAGCCCCCCGGCCCCGGCGGCCGGCUACGGCGGCGACUACGGCCCCUUCGCCCACUCGUUCGCCGGGCCCCAGGACGGCGGCCUGCUGGUGCCCAAGGCCCACGGCUCCCCGGACGGGCUCCCGGGCGUCUACGCCUCCCUGGACGUGGCGGCCCACCCCUACGGCUCCUGGUACAAGGCGGGCAUCCACGCGGGGCUGCCCCCGGGCCCGGCCGGCGGCCCUCCGGCCUCCUGGUGGGACGUGCACCACGCGGGAGGCGGCUGGCUGGGCCCCGGCCAGGCCCCGGCCGCGGGCGACGGGCUGCAGGGGAGCCCGGCCCCGCCGGCCCUCAGCCCCCAGCUGCCCGCCUACGGGCCCGCCGACUUCGCCCCGCUCAACCCGGGCCCCUACCCGGGCCUGGGGUCGCCGCCCCCGCCCCCGGCCGCGAUGGGGGGCGGCCAGCACGUCCUGGCCCAGGACGUCUACAAGCCCAAGGCGGCGGGCGACGGGGCCGCGCCGGAGGGCGCGGGGCCGAGGUCGGCCCGGGCCGCCGGGGCGGGGGGCGGCUACGGGGCGGGCGGCUCGGGCCGCUCCACCUGCGACUGCCCCAACUGCCAGGAGCUGGAGCGGCUGGGGGCGGGGGCGGCGGGCCUGCGCAAGAAGCCCAUCCACAGCUGCCACAUCCCGGGCUGCGGGAAGGUGUACGGCAAGGCCUCGCACCUGAAGGCCCACCUGCGCUGGCACACGGGCGAGCGGCCCUUCGUCUGCAACUGGCUCUUCUGCGGCAAGCGCUUCACGCGCUCCGACGAGCUGGAGCGCCACGUGCGGACCCACACGAGGGAGAAGAAGUUCACCUGCCUGCUCUGCUCCAAGCGCUUCACCCGCAGCGACCACCUCAGCAAACACCAGCGCACGCACGCCGAGACCCCCGGCCCCGCGGACCCCGAGGAGCCCGCCGAGGGCCCCCGCGGGGCCGCGGACCGAGAGACCCCCGCCGGCCCCGCCGCCCCGGGCCCGGCCCCGCCGCCCGCCUCGCCCCCGAGGCCCGGGGAGGGCCGGGAGGCCAGUCCUGAGCGGGGCAGCCUGCUGGAGAUUUGA